CCCUAAUUUUUUUUUCAGUACUUGAAACUGAGAAUUCACAAAUCAAUUACGUUUGGAUUUGAUUGGAUUUUUUGCAUUUAUUGCUGCUCUCCAGUGAUUUUGGCAUUCAGAGAGCCCACUUUUGGUGCUUUGCGAGAGGACACAUAGGUGGCAUUUUCUAAAAGAGGCAUGGUUCAAGGAGAUGAGAAGGUUGAUAUGCUCAUGAAGUCGGAGAAGAAAUCCAAGAAAAGGAAAAAGAAUGCUGUCACCGAUGAUUCGAAAGUGACAAAGGGAGAUGUUAAAGCUGUUGAGCAUGAUUCAUGUUUCAAGGAAGAGAGUCUCUCUUUUACAGGGAUCGGGAAAGAAAGGGAUAAGACAAAGAUGGAAACUGAAGCACCUCGAGAAAGUGAAGAUAGUGACAUCAAGAGAAAGAAAGAACGAGGUAAUGGAAAACAGCCUGGGAAAUCCAGUAAAGACGGGUGCGAGGAUGCUGUUAAAAAUGUUUUAAAUUAGAAAAAGAAGUUGAAGAAUGAGCAGGAGAUACUGAUAAUGCACGAUGCUAGUUUAGACACCAAAACACUUGCUCAUGAAAGUGCAAGCGGAACACAGGAAAUCAAGGCAGUUGAGAUGCUCAAUGAGGGCUCUGGUGGAAAUUUUACAGAUGAGGUGAAGAGGAAGAAAAAGAAAAAAGAUAAGAGGGAAAAAGACGAUGGACAGGUAGAUAUUGUGGCUGGUGUCAUUCAAGGUGUUGUUUCAGCUGACGAGGUGAAGAGGAAGAAAAGGAAAAAGGAUAAGAGGAAUAAAGAGGAUGGACAGGUAGAUAUCGUGGCUGGCGUCAUUCAAGGUGAUGUUUCAGCUAUAGAUGACAUGAAGAGGAAGAAAAGGAAAAAGGAUAAGAGGAAUAAAGAGGAUGGACAGGUAGAUAUCGUGGCUGGUGUCAUUCAAGGUGAUGUUUCAGCUAUAGAAGAGACGAAAGAUAUACAAAUAGAUGAUGCUAAUAUCAGAAAGAUGAAAGAGACAAAAUUAGGGAACAAUUCGAAAGAUCUUUCUAAUGAAAAGACUGAAAAAAGAGUGAGAUUUUCUGAUGAUGUACAGUUUUUCCAUCCAAUCAGUGAACCUAGCAAUGAGAGGCAUGAAAAUAACAAACAAGAAUUACUGUUUGGCAAAAAAUUCACACAGGAAGAAGAUGAAAUCGCCAAAGAUGCUGUUUGUAGAUACAUAGAGGUAUAUAAUUUGGGCGAUGAAGGGUUGCAAAAGGUUUUGAAUUGCAAGUCUUAUCCUGAAGUAAGGGGCUGCUGGAAAGAGAUAGGGAAGGCUAUACCAUACAGGCCUUACAGAGCAGUUUAUUAUCGUGCACAACGUUUGUUUCGAAUGGGAGAGAAGCGUAAAUGGACUGAAGAAGAGCAUGGGAUGCUACGGAAGUUCCAGGGACAACAUGGGAAUAAGUGGACCGUCUUGGCGGAUGAACUUGGGAAACAUCCGGUUCAUGUAGGAAAUGCAUGGCAUAGGAUAAAACUGGAAAAUCAGAAGAGGGGACAGUGGGAUCAGGAGGAAGUACAGAAAUUGUUUGAUUUAGUAAACACCGAUCUGCAACUUAAGCUCUCUGACGAAAGGAAAUCUAAGCAUGGGAUGUUACGGGAUAAUAUUUGUUGGAGUUCAAUUAGUGACAAUUUGUCCACCAGGAUUUCCCACCAUUGCUGCAAUAAAUGGUACAGACAAUUAACAUCCUCGAUGGUGGUUGCAGGUGAAUGGGCAGAUACUGAUGACUAUCGCUUAAUUGCUGCCCUUUUUGAACUGGACGCAAGCUGCAUAGAGGACGUGGAUUGGGACAAUCUUCUCUCCCACAGGCAUGGAGAUUUAUGUCGAAAAAGAUGGAAAGAGAUGGUGCGUCAAAUAAGUCAACAUGAAAACAAGUCAUUUGAUGCACAAGUACAAGUGUUAGCAAAGAGAUACCGCCCUGAUUUAGUUGGAGCAAGGGAGGUCUGGGAUAGUAAACCACUUGUUCCAUGACAUGUUCAACACUCACAUGGGUGUUUCUGUACAGAGAUGCUUAAGGCACUAGUAUACACUUCUGUCUACAACUUAGCGCGUCACUUCUGUACUUUAUUUCUUUCGUUCUUUUAAUUUUUGAGAGGUUUAUAAAACAUCUGCAAAUAUUAGUCACUCGGUACAUAUGCUUGUAGGAGGUAUUAGGUACUCGUGAAACAGUAGAGGUGCUUGUUGGCUUGGGCACCAAACAUUAUCCAAAAAGAAAAUGUUCACAGAUGUUUUGGAAGAGAUUCUUUCUUGUCUGGUGGAAAGAAAAGGAAAAAAAGCUUUCACAAUUUGAUGUCAUUAAGGAUUGAAAGAGAUGAGCCGAGGGUCUAUCUGACACAAAUGCUCUACCUCGCCAAGGUAGGGACAUAAUUUUUCCCCAUCCCAAACCCCACUUGUGAGAUUAUGGUGUGUAUGUUGUGUACCUGCCUAAAGAAAAGAUUACAGGAUAUUAUU